AACCACAGAGCAGAUUCUCCAGUCUACAAGCUACAGGAAAAACUGAAAAUGUUUAUUAAAUUGAUCACGCUAGUGGUGAUACUUGGAGUGGCAAAUGGGUUCAUAUUUGCACCAAAGUACAAGAAGAGGGUGAUUCCAACAGUGCCGAAAUUAGAUGCUGCACUUUAUAUUGGUCGCUGGUAUCAGAUGUACACUAACAAACAAGCCACAACCUUCACAGGACAAGACCAACACUGCACUUCAGCUACAUACCAACUUAAGGAUGCUACCACCAUCACAGUGCUCAACUCUGGCAAGAUUGGGUCACCCACUGGUCGUUGGAGUCAGAUCACAGGCUAUGCAGAGCAAGUAAAUGCUACAGGAGACCCUGGCAAAUUUGCCCUACAUCUACAGUAUGUCCCCUUCACCGGAUCAUACUGGAUCAUCAAGCUUGGACCAGUCAUAAACAACCAGUACGCCUACUCUGUGGUUACCACAAAUGAUGGAGGCCAGCUAUAUGUACUUGCCCGUAACAAAGACACAUUCAAAGACCUCUACGAGAAGGAAAUUUUGGAGUUCUGCAAGGAGAAGGAAUUCACAGAGGAUGUCCUCAAACCAAUCCCUACACCACAGGAGCCCACAUGUCCAUACGCUAACAAAAAACUCACCACAUUGGAAGAAGAUAUAAUAACUGGAAUCACCGGUUGAACUGGCUGAGCAGAUCUGACUUUUGUUUAUAUUUCAUUAUUUAUUUAUAUUUAUUGGAAUAAAUGUUUUGUAACUCUA